GCCUCGACUCACAUGUAAGUAAGCCACCGGCAAAGAUAGUUUAUAAAACAGCUCAUCGUCCUGCCUGUUUUCAACUUUUCCUUCUUGCCCAAGACAUCUCACUUGAACCAACUAAAAAACCAAGUACUUACAAAACCACCUACACAAAUAAUCAAGCCGCACAUACACAAUGGCCGACAAGGUUAAGGAACUCGUCAACAACAUCACCAAGGGUGACAACUCCGACAAGGAGAAGCAGUUCAGCACCCAGCCCAUCAAGGAGGGUGGCGCAUCGGACCCCAAGUUCGCCGCGCACCAAGCGCACCCCGGUCCUGCCAUUCCCAAGGACUUUAACGCCCAAGAAGAGGGUACCAAGGAGGAGCGCCGAGCCAAGGCGGAGGCUCUGAACAAAUAAAUAACAUGCCCGUGAGGCUGCAUCUUCAGGAUGCUUGAUGAUGUAUGACCAGUUAUGAAUUUGUAGAAUAGGAAAGGGACUGGGUCGGAUAAUGGAGACUUCGGAACUGGUUGGCGGAUAGCGUCGUAAUACUGCCAAAGAAUCUAUGAUUCCCACACAACCUCAGACUCUUGACAUAACCUGGAACCCCAGCGCCGGGACAAACGAAAUCUUGUAAUUUGUGAUGGAU